AUAUAUACAUAGAGCGACGAAAAAAAAUUUGCACACGUUCUAGACCAAGCGUCUAGAAUACAAUGUCGUCUUCUUCUAAUCAACAACCAGUUGUAGAGGACAUAAUCUCUGUUUUUGAAACAACUCAAAAUCAGUCCUGGUCCAUAUUCAACGAUAAAUUGAAUAGCGUUUCCAAUAAAGACUCUGAGAAAAAAGAUCCAGUUAAAUCAGAAAACUCUGUUACUUUAUCUAGUGAUGAUGUUCCUGUAUUUGGCUUAGUCCCUCGACUUGAUAAAGUAAUGUUAGUUUCAUGUAAUGAAUGUGAAAUGAUAGUAAAAAGAGAUUGUAUACAUAGUCAUUUUGAUCGCCGUCACAACAGUAAUGAUGAUAGUCAGUCAGAAGCUGAUAAAUUUUCACUAGCUAACUUUUUAUGCCCUGUAAAAACCAAUAAAAAUAAAAAGCUAAAAAUGACUGUUCGAAAACCUCCUGAAAAGAAAAUUAAUGAGCGUGAAAAAGUUAUAACUGUUAAAAAAGAAAUAAAAACUGAAUUUGAUCAAGCGGAGUAUGAAAGAUUAUUGAAAACAAAUAGAGCUAAUAUCAAACAAGAAAAUACAACUGAAUAUGUUGAUCAACCUAAUGUUGAUGUAGUAACAACAAGUUGUAACCCUAGUACCAGUUCUAGUAAUUUUGAUUGGGAUGUUAAACCAUGUAUUAAAAGUUUAACUCCCUGUACAGAUCAUAAAGUAAAUGACAAAAUGUUAGAGCAUGAUAAAGAUUUGAGUAAAUUAUCAACUGAAUCACCAAGUAAUAAAGAAGAUCUACAAAGCAAUAAAUAUUUAGAUAUUCAGAAAAUUGAACACGUUGUUAAUUAUGUUACUAGUUCUACUAAUGAAUUAUUGAAACUAGAUCCAAUUCAAAAGAAGAGGCCUAAAAUAACUAUAGAUUUUUCCGAUUUUAUGUAUGAUUAUGAUGAGAAAUAUCAUAUAAAAUAUCAUAACCAUAGAAAUAUAUACCAAAAAUUACCACAUAAAAUAAAAAAUAUCAAAGAAGAAACUAAAGUAAUGAUAAAAAAAGAGUAUCCAGAUAUUAUGGACUAUAAAAAUUAUAAUGAUAUUUCAACUUUUUAUGAUCAACCAUCAAAUAUAACUGCUGCUGAUGUUAAAAUUGAAGAUUAUAAAUUAUUUUCUGGGUUACAAAACGACUGUGAACAAACAAAAUAUUUUCCAUGUCAUAAAUAUUUAGAUAUUAAAAGUGAAAUGCCUGAUGAUUCUUGUGUUACUAGUUAUUAUCAAUCUACUGAACCGCUGAAAGAAGAAUUUAAAUUUAUACCAAAUAAUAUAUAUCCAGAUGUGAAAAUAAAAGAAGAAUAUGAUGAAAAUAAUGACGAAUUUAAUGCUGAUGAAUUGACCAACUAUUUAUCAGAUAAUAAUCAUUUUGAAGUCAUAAGCAAUACGUAUUCUGGUAAUUUUGAUAGUAAUCUUUCAACAAUUUUUCCAUAUGGUGCUGUUAGUGUCAAAGAAGAAGUAACAUACACAGAAAGUAGUGAAAAUAUAUUCAAUAAUGGAAGUUAUGAUGGUACAAUUAUAAGUAACAAUCAAUCAUCAAUUGCAUUAUUAGAUAUUAAUGAAGUAAAGCCUUUAUUAAUUACUACUAACACAAAUGAAGAAUCAAAAUAUUCAUUAAGCACAGACUUUAUAAAUGAAAAAUCGAAACAUUCAUUAAUCACCGAUUAUAUUACUGAUAAUUCUUAUCCUGAAUAUUGUCAAUUAUAUACAAAUUCAAUUCCUCAACUUUCACCUAGUUAUAAGUAUUUAGAUGAUGACACUUUCAAUGAUGAACUCAAUUUACAGGACGAAGAAAAUUUUAAUGAUCAUCUCAAUUUGCAAAUUGAAGAAAAUUUAAACAAUAAACCCAUUUUUCAGAUAAAAGACCAUUUAAACGAUGAGCUGAAUUUGCAUAGUAAAGAUAAUUUAAGUGAUAAACUUAAUCUGCAGAUUAAAGAAGAAUUUGACAGUGAACUCCAUUUGCAAGAUGAAGAAAAUCUGAACAUUGAACUUAAUUUGCAAAUUAAAGAAGAAUUUGACAGUGAACUCCAUUUGCAAGAUGAAGAAGAUUUGAACAAUGAACUUAAUUUGCAGAUUAAAGAAGAAUUUGACAGUGAACUCCAUUUGCAUAGUAAAGAUAAUUUAAGUGAUAAGCUCAAUCUGCAGAUUAAAGAAGAAUUUGACAGUGAACUCUAUUUGCAAGAUGAAGAAGAUUUGAACAAUGAACUUAAUUUGCAGAUUAAAGAAGAAUUUGACAGUGAACUCCAUUUGCAUAGUAAAGAUAAUUUAAGUGAUAAGCUCAAUCUGCAGAUUAAAGAAGAAUUUGACAGUGAACUCUAUUUGCAAGAUGAAGAAGAUUUGAACAAUGAACUUAAUUUGCAGGAUGAUAAAGACUUGAUUAAUGAAAUCGAUUUAAAGGAUGAAGAUGAUUUAAGCGAUGAAAUUAACUGGCAGAGUGAAGAUGAUUUAGACAAUGAGCUAAGUUUUCAAGACAAAGAAGAUUUUAAUGCUGAAUUCAAUUUACAGGAUGAAGAGGAAUCCAGUAUGGAACUUGAUUAUCAGGAUGAAGAUAAUUUGAGAGAUGAACUCAAUUAUCAAAAAGGUGAUAAUUUUGAUGUUGAGCACAGUUUGCUAAGUGAAGACAAUACAAGUGAUAUAGAUAAUUUAAGUAAUGUAGAAGGUAUGAGCGAUGAAGAUGACUCGAAUGAUGGAGAAAUAUUAGGUGGUAAAGAAAAUUCGGAUAGUGGAGAUGUUAAAAUGAAUGACAAUUUAAAAUAUGAUUGUCUAAUACCAAAUAAUGAAGACGAAACAAAAUGUUUACUAAGCAAAGAGUGUUCUGUUAUUAUAAAUAACAAAAUUUCUAAUGUUGCUAUUACUGAUCAUGAUCAAUCAUCCACUUUAACAUUAGACAAUGAAAAAGAAUCAGAAGCUAAUUCUAUGAUGGAUGAUGCUUAUAUUAUGAUUGAUAAUGAUGGUAUUGUUAAUAACUUUGAAAAUGAAUAUUAUCGACCAUCAUCUGAAUUAUAUGACCACGACACACAAACAUCUUUUACGCCAAGUUAUAAAUAUUCAGAUGUUAUAAGUAAUGAAAGCUCUGACAAUUCUGAUGAGUCUGUAUCAAUUUAUGAUCAAUCAUCUGUUGAAUCAUUAGAUGUUAGGGACAAAACAGAUCAUUCAUCAGCUGAUAAUUCCUCUGAUUUUACGACCGAUGAAAGUUUUAAUGAUUCUGAUUCUACUAGUGAUAAUAGUAAUCAAUCAACUGCAUUACAUGGUGUUAUUAAAAAACCAAAAUAUACUCAAACCAAUUUAUUAGAAGACCAUGAACAGUUUAUGAAUCGUGUUACUAAGUUAGCAAAAUCAUUAGGUAUUGUAGAUGGGAAAAACAAUUUUACUCAAACCGAUGUACCAUUGGAAUGUAUGAAUUGUUAUAAAAUAACUGAGGAUUUCAUUGACAGCUAUAGCUCUCAAAUUGAUGAACAUUCUGUUCCCAUUAACUCUGAUGUUCAAAUAAAUGAAAAUGAUGUUAAUAAUUUUACUCCUAUUAGUUCAAGUGCUCAAAUUAUAAAUAAUACCAUUAUUCCCAAGGAUGUUGAAGAAUAUGAACUUAAAGAUAAUAAAGACUGUGAUAGUAAUAUUUCUAAUAAGUCACAUUAUUUAUCUCAUUUUCAUCCACAUACUUAUAACCCAGCAAGUCAAAAUAAUAACUUAAUGCAUAACCCUAUCAAUGAAAACAACUACAAAAUAAACAGUUCUGAACAUUAUAAACCAAACGAGCAUAUUUUACAUGGAAAUACAAUUAAUGAAGCAAUACCAUUUAUAAACAAAAAUAAUGAAAUUUAUAAAGAACUUAUGAAAAUUGUGGAUAAAAGUGUUCCUGAAAGAAAAUGUAAAAUAAUGCCAUAUACCAGAAUAACAAAGAAUUUAAAAAAAAAUUUAAAGAGACAAGUUGCUGAUGAUAAAGAAAAUCGUAAUCAUUUGAUAUCAAGAGGGUUUAAAAAAUUUAAGAUGGAAUUUAUUGAAAGAGAUUUUUCAUGCUCUGAUGAAUCUGACAAUAAUGAUAAUGUCAAUGAUUAAAAUUAUUCAUUUUUAGAUAUUUUAUUAAGACUUCCUUAAGGUCUCAUUAUAUUAUAUUUAUUUGUUCCUGAUUUUAAAAAUAAUUUUUAAUCUUCCAACUGAAAACAAUAUAUGUUGCCUAGUAAC